AUGGGGCAGGGGGGCUGUGGGGCGGAGCUAUUGGGCAGGGGGCUGUGGGGCAGCACUAUAGGGCAGGGGGUUGUGGGGCAGCGCUAUGGGGCAGGGUCUGACGGCCCCACAGGCGCCGUGGGGCGCUGCUGGCUCCCGCGCUGCUGGCGCUGGGGCUGGGGCUGCCCGCGGCCGCCUGGUACCUGCGGGCAGAGCGCCGCGACCCGCCGCCGGCUCUGGCUGCUGCUGGACGGCGUGGGACGCUUCGGCAGGUCACUGGUUGUCGGUGUCCACAUCUCGCUGGAUUACUGGUGGACAGCCAAUGUGGCGCUGCGGGGGCUGGAGGAGGACAGCGCAGCGUUCACGGCGGGGAUGUCGCGGUGCCACCAGCGUGCAGCGGAGCGGCUGCUGCGGGGGGCCCUGCGCAACGGGGGGCUCUACAUCAAGCUGGGGCAGGGGCUCUGCGCCUUCAACCACCUGCUGCCCCCCGAGUUCGCCGCCACCUUGCGCCGCCUCGAGGACCAGGCUCUGCGCCGCGGCUACCGCGAGGUGGACGAGCUGUUCCUGGAGGAUUUCCAGACGACGGCAGCCGGGCUCUUCCAGGAGUUCGACUACGAGCCGGUGGCGGCGGCCAGCCUGGCCCAGGUGCACCGCGCCACGCUGCAGGACGGGACCCCCGUUGCCGUCAAGGUUCAAUACAUCGAUCUGCGCGACCGCUUCGAGGGUGACAUCCGGACGCUGGAGCUGCUGCUACGCAUCGUCCAGUUCAUGCACCCUGGCUUUGCCCUGGGCUGGGUGCUGCAGGAGCUGAAAGGGACACUGGCACGGGAGCUGGACUUCGAGAACGAGGGCCGGAACGCGGAGCGCUGCGCACGGGACCUGCGGCACUGUACCUACGUGGUGGUGCCGCAUGUGCACUGGGACAAGUGCAGCAAGCGGGUGCUGACGGCCGAUUUCUGCGAGGGCUGCAAGAUCACCAACGUGGAGGGGAUCCGCAGCCAGGGCCUGGGCGUGCAGGACGUGAGCCGACAAGCUGAUCCGGUGUUCGCCGAGCAGAUCUUCUACACCGGCUUCAUCCACGCUGACCCCCACCCUGGGAACGUGCUGGUACGACGCGGCCCCGACGGCAAAGCCCAGAUCGUCCUGCUGGACCACGGCCUCUACGAGUUCCUCAGUGAAAGGGACCGCGCGGCGCUGUGCCAGCUCUGGCGCGCCAUCGUCCUGCGUGAUGACACCGCCAUGCGGCUGCGCUCGGCCGAGCUGGGCGUCGAGGAUUAUUUCCUUUUCUGCGAGAUCCUGAUGCAGCGGCCGCUGCCAGCGGGGACGCUGGCGCUGGGUGCGGCGCUGACGCGGGAGGAACGCGCCUACAUGCAGGAGAUGGCAGCCCAGCGCUUCGAGCGUGUGGUAAGCGUCCUGCGUGCGCUGCCCCGGCCCAUGCUGCUCGUCUUCCGCAACAUCAACACCGUCCGCAGCAUCAACGCCGCCCUCGGCGCCCCCGUUGACCGAUACUUCCUCAUGGCCAGGAGCGCUGUGCGGAGCUGGAGCCGGCUGAGCGCGGACAGAGCCUCCGGCAUCGCCGGCAGCAGCGCGGCACGAUGGGCCAGGGCUGCCUGGGAGAGCCUCAAGUUCGAGGUGGCGCUGAGGCUGGAGAGCAUCGCCAUGAAGCUGACAGCCUCGGCCCUGCGGCUCCUGGCGGCCUGUGGGGUGCUGCCCCACAGCCAGCAGCUCUACGAGUACCUGCGGGCAUAGGGGGCCCGCGGCCCUGUCCCCCAAUAAACCCCCGCCCCCCCCGGGAACAGACAUGC